UGAACGCAGCUCAAGUGUGAUCGUGGAUUUCUAUUGGAUAAGCAGUUUCUGCCUAUCUCUUUAUACUGUACUGUGACGUAAUUUUUCUCAGCUGGGAUAUGCGGAAAGCUGGAACUUCGAGUUUCAUUCGGUCAAGAGCGGUCGACUUGAACGUGACCUACAAAAGUAGCUAGCAAGACUGGAUAAGAAGUAGACGAAUAUGAAGAGCGGUCAGUAAGGACUGACAAUCGUGGUUGCGAAAUGACAACACGUAGCUAGCUAUGUCUUAAAGUCUUGUAUCAAAUUAAUAUAACUUUACCGCAAGUUUACAGCAAUAGCUAGCUAGCUAACGUUAGCCUGCUGUUGCUAUCUUGAAGUUGAGGGAGUGGAGAGGAGAUGAAUGCUUAGCGCUAUAAUUUUUUUAAAGGUAUAUUUUAGACAAGUUAAUAUUACUCUACUGGGAAGUUUUGCUUUGUUUAUGAGGACUCCGCUUCGGCGUGGCGUGGAACAGUGAGGACCGAACCACCACAGUGAUGUCAGGUGAUGUGCUCAACCCUACGUCUCCCAACCCCUCUGUCUCGUCCAUCUCUCUGGUUGAGAUCAAGGAAGACACUCGUCUGGUGCUGAAAGCUUUCCUCCGUAGCGCUCUCUCCAAUCCUUCGGCCGAGCGGCCUGGGACGGUGGGGGGAAGCUACAAAGACCACAACAAGUACAGUGCAAAGGAGUCGAGGAAGCGGCCGGACAAUGGCUGGGACUCUCUGGAUGAAGCGAUCAGCUCAGUGGAGGAGAAGAAACACGGCUUGAAGGACCUCAUAAAGAGACGACUGCAGCCGCGGCCCUCCACCUUGUCCCGCCGUCGCUCAGCUAAAGGCAGCGAUGCAGACAAGACACAAAAUGGUGGCUCCUUGGAGAAGGAUGGCAGACCAAACAGAACCAACCCAGGCCUGCCAGGCUUCUUCAGAGACAAACUUGAGGAAGACGUUGGGUGCCCCUCCACGUCAGAUGAAGAAGGAAAUGAGACGAAACAUCAGAAAAAGGCAAAGAAAAAUAAUUUGAAGAGCCAGAUCUCCUCUUUCUUCAGCAUAAAAAAGAAGCCAGAAAAGGAUAAAGACAAGGAUGAAACGCGUCUUCAGAGGCCAUCCACGCUGACCUUCGGCGUAGGGCCAGUACCCGUGGCGCCAGUCCUUUCUCCCACACACCCUCCUGAGUUCUAUGAGGAGGUGGCUGAGACUCUGGACAGGAUUGCUCAGCGGUCCCACAGUAUGAAGAGACCCCAAAGGUCCAGUCCACGGCCCAGCCCUGCUACCACCCCGGUCAAACCUCCCCCUGAACCUGACAAAGAAGAAAUGGUGCGCCAGCUGGUCCAGGUACUGUCUAUGGAAGGGGACGCCAUCAACUAUAAGAUCCAGUCGGACCCCUUCCUGCGCUCCACGCUGACCCGUCUAUCAUACCCGUCCUUUGCCAAGCUCCUGGACACCUUCGCCAGCCAAGAACAGUCCACGCCCUCACCUCUGCCGCCGCCCGCCAGCAGCCCCACGUUGAGACGAGUGGCCGUCACCAUGGAGGUGUCGCGGCGUGUUGUCACGGCGACAGGGACGCAGCGCAUGCAGGGCUAUGCAGAGCGCUAUAUGGAGAACUUUGCCCCCUGGGUGAAGAGCCAUGGAGGAUGGGAAAGUAUUGUCCAGUUGGAAGAGAUUUUGGAGUACGACUGACAACUCUACACCGUCAAGGCAGCUCGGAAAUCGGAAACCCUCACUACUUCCUUUGAGCGUUGAACACAUUAAUACUUUAUGAACUCUAACCUAUGACUAGGGCCUGGAGUUGUUUCCGAUCAGGUCAGGUAGAACUCAGGGUCCUUCCUAUGACCUCAGAGUUUCUCCUGUGGUGAGAGACGGAGAAGGCAUUAGCUUUUUAUUACACAACGACACGUGAAGUUUGCCACUAUUUAUGUCUGAGAAUCAAGUGUACUUGUACAAUUCUUUUUUUAAUCCGUUUUUCUAGAAACGUGUUUUACAAAUAAAUAUGUGUACAGUGUA